AUUGGCGACCUGAAUGAAACAUUUCAAAAUCUACGCCGAGCGUAGAUGACAUUAAAUCCGUUGAAACGUACAUUUGUUGUAAAAUCGGACAAAUUCCUAGGGUAUGUGGUAUCCAAGAAUGGGAUUGAGGUGAACCCAGACAAGGUUGAGGCUGUGCAGCAGAUGGAACCCCUUAAAACAAUAAAAGAUGUACAACGUUUAACAGGUCGUCUCGUUGCUCUGCACAGAUUCAUUACUAGGUCAGUAGAAAAAUGCCUUCUGUUCUUUAGAGCUUUGCGAGAGCCCAAGAACUUUCAAUGGACUGAUGAAUGCCAGCAGGCUUUUGAUGAAUGCCAGCAGGCUUUUGAUGAACUCAAACAAUACCUAGUAUCACCACCCUUGCUCUCCAAGCCUAUUAAAGGAGAGAAGUUAUACUUGUAUCUGAGGAUUACAGAUGAGGCAAAGCCGGAACUUUCUAGUCGGCUAAUUGGAUGGGCAAUUGAGCUGAGUGAAUACGACCUCAAAUUUCAACCGCGCACAACCAUUAAAGGCCAAGCCCUAGCAGAUUUCUUGGUGGAGUGUCAUCCAACGGUUGUAGAGGAGGCCACACCGUCAUACCCGGUAUGGGCUUUGUACAUAGAUGGGGCCGCCAAUGUUGAAGGAUCAAGGGUAGGGGCAGUAUUAAUGGGCCCAGAUGGCUUCAAAUCCAGGCACACCUUGAGAUUCAAAUUUCAAACAACGAAUAAUACUGCUGAAUAUGAAGCACUCAUUUACGGUCUGAAGUUAGCGUCCAAGCUGAAAGCGCAAAGCAUAAGAAUCUUUAGUGACUCCCAACUCGUAGUGAAUCAAGUAAAUGGAAGCUGUGACAUCAGAGACCCUCAGCUCAAUCGUUACGCCUCUAUGGUCAAUAGGAUCAAAUCAAGCUUUAUCUCGUUCCAGAUUGACAAGAUAUUGAGGGCGGAUAAUCGACGAGCUGAUGAGUUAUCGAAGUUAGCUUCAUCACAAGACAUCAAUCCUCAGAGGACAACAUUUGUUGAAGUACUUGAUGCCCUGAGCUAUACCAACCUAGCAGUUGAGUGCCAAGUACUAAGUACAAAUCCCUCUUCACCGACCUAGACUACACCCUUGAUUAAUUACUU